UGAGAUUUAGAUUUCUGUGUUAUGGAUUUAAGCAAAGAAUUGAAAAAUGACAGUUAUCAUAAUCUUUGUGAUAAUUUAAGUAGUUACGAUUCAUUCACAUCCAGCAAUGAAUCGUCCGAUGAGGAGGUUAUGCUUUUAAAAAAGAAAACGUUUAGGAAAGACAAAACAACAUGCAUUUUGGGAAAAGACAAAAGGAGCAAAAACUGCUUAGCAUUUAAUCACAUUGAUAUCUCACGAAAUAAAACACUAGAAAGUAACACCUUUAAAUGGGUAUCCUCUUUCAAUUGCUUACCGAAUCAAAUUUUUGGGUAUUCGCCUGCUACUGACUUGCUUGGAACAACUGGUGAAUCCAUAAAAGUAGUUCCAGGAGAAAUCGAUAAUAUGUAUUUAUUUAAAAGUAAUAAUAUGUCUAAUAUGCAACGAGCAAAUAUUACCUAUAUAUUUAACACAAAUUUUUACAACAAAUAUGAUGAAGAAUUUGAGUUGGAAAAAUCCAUGUCAAAAACUGUACAAACCGAAAAAAGAAUUGAUAACAUUACAAUUUCCAAUGGACAGUUUAAACCUGAAAACCGAAACCAUUUGCUAUAUAAUAACGGUUUGCAUUUUGAUUUGAAAACAAGUUAUGUGGAACAGGAAUAUAUUCGGGGUGACCACUCAAAAAGUGAAAAUGAAAACACAGAAGCUCAUCGUGCUCUUGAAUUACUUGAAGAUUAUCAUUCAAGACUUUCUGAUCCUCAAAAUCGAGCUCUUCGAAUCGCCAUAGAAAGAGUUAUCAGAAUUUUCAAAUCUCGUUUAUUUCAGGCACUACUUGAUAUUCAAGAAUUUUAUGAAUUAACUUUGUUGGAUGAAUCGAAAACUGUUCAGCAAAAAACUGCAGAAACUUUGCAAAUUGCUAGUAAGUGGGAAAGGGAUGGUCAAGAAAUUAAUAUCGCAGACUUUAUGACAAUUUCAAAUUUUAAUCAAAAUUGUGAAUUAUCUAUCACUGUCAAUGAUGUUCAAGCGAAUAGCAUUCAAAAAUAUAGUUCAAAGGAUAUUCAUUUGAAUCAACGUAUAAAAACAGAAGGAGAUACAGAUUUUACUCCCGAGGGCAAAAUUAUUAGCAAUGAAGAAAUUAAAAAAAAAGACAAUUACCAGGAAUCUCACUGCGAACAUCAGCAAACCCAGAACUUUGUUACUGUUAACGGUGAUGAAAACUGGAUAUAUGAUGAUAUAACGCUUGAACGUGGUAAUUCAGGUCUUGGAUUUUCUAUUGCUGGUGGUACGGAUAAUCCUCAUAUUGGAUCGGAUACAUCUAUAUAUAUAACGAAGUUAAUUCCUGGUGGCGCUGCAGCUGCCGAAGGUCGUUUGAGUAUAAACGAUAUAAUUGUUUCGGUUAAUGAUGUUUCUGUAGUUGACGUUCCACAUGCGGCUGCAGUUGAUGCCUUAAAAAAGGCUGGAAAUGUAGUAAAAUUGCAUGUAAAGAGGAAAAAAAAUGAUCGUUUUGCAGAUGAAUCAUUUUCGAAACGCGAAAGUGGUCCUACAGUCUCUUCUGGCCCAAAAAUUAUUGAAAUUAAUUUGGUAAAAGGUAACAAAGGUCUAGGAUUUUCUAUUGCUGGUGGGAUAGGUAAUCAACACAUACCUGGUGAUAAUGGUAUUUAUGUGACUAAAAUAAUGGAUGGAGGUGCUGCUGCUGUAGACGGACGUUUAUCAAUUGGCGAUAAAUUAAUAGCAGUUCGUUCAAAUGGAUCUGAAAAAAAUCUGGAGAAUGUUACACAUGAACAUGCUGUUGCUACAUUAAAGUCUAUUACUGAUAAAGUAACAUUGGUCAUUGGAAAAACUCAACAAUUGAGUUCAUCACAGUUUAAUCAAGUUAAUUCGCAUUCAACAGGUGCGAUUAACAAUAUAGGACAAACAGUUGUUGACUAUGCUCGCUCACCAUCACCCUCAUUAACUAAUGCUGUAAAUAAUACCUCUGUUACUUUCGCAAACAACAACCAGUUUUCAAUACCCAAUUCCUCCUCAGCAGCUGAUGCUAUAGUAGGACAUACAUCAAGAUCCCAUUCACCUUUGCCUCAACCAGCCUCUAGGUACGCCUCAUCAAAUGUUUUAGCUGCUGUACCACCAGGUACACCACGGGCUGUUAGUACUGAAGAUAUUACAAGAGAACCUCGGACCAUUACUAUUCAGAAAGGAGCACAAGGGCUUGGUUUUAAUAUUGUCGGUGGCGAGGAUGGUCAAGGUAUUUAUGUGUCAUUUAUUUUGGCUGGAGGUCCAGCUGACCUAGGUGGUGAACUAAAACGUGGCGACCAGUUAUUAACUGUUAACAAUGUUAAUCUUAAAAAUGCUACUCACGAAGAAGCCGCUCAAGCACUUAAGAACUCUGGAGGUGUAGUCACUUUAAUUGCACAAUAUAGGCCUGAAGAGUACAAUCGAUUUGAAGCCCGUAUUCAAGAAUUAAAACAGCAGGCCGCCAUAAAUGCGGGCAACUCUGGUACUCUACUUCGAACUUCACAAAAGCGAUCAUUAUAUGUACGUGCCCUGUUCGAUUAUGAUCCAAAUCGAGAUGAUGGACUACCUUCAAGAGGUUUACCAUUUAGGCAUGGUGAUAUUUUACAUGUCACUAAUGCAUCAGAUGAUGAAUGGUGGCAGGCGCGUCGCGUUUUAGGUGAAAAUGAAGAAGAACAAAUUGGAAUAGUGCCAUCUAAAAGGAGAUGGGAGCGUAAGAUGAGAGCUCGUGAUCGAAGCGUCAAAUUUCAGGGUCAUUCUGUCACUAAUAAUAAUAUAGAUAAGCAGUCAACACUGGACAGAAAGAAAAAAAAUUUUACCUUUUCACGUAAAUUUCCAUUUAUGAAAAGUCGUGAUGAAAAAAAUGAAGAUGGUAGUGAUCAAGAGCCGAACGGAAUCGUUAGCAGUAAUAGCGAACUUGAUGUUAACAAUGUUAAUAACAAUUACUCAAAUGAACAACAGCCUUUUAUGCUUUGCUACACACAAGACGAUGCCAAUGCUGAAGGAGGCGAGAUUAUCUACAGAGUGGAGUUACCCGAUAUGGAGCAGAUAACCCUAAUCUACCUGGAGAACAAUGAUGCUGACUAUCCCUCUGAAGAAAAUGUGUUGUCAUACGAAGCAGUUCAGCGACUUUCAAUAAAUUAUACACGACCUGUAAUAAUAUUGGGGCCUCUAAAAGAUCGUAUAAAUGAUGACUUAAUAUCAGAGUAUCCUGAUAAAUUUGGGUCAUGUGUUCCACAUACAACUCGUCCUAAAAGAGACUAUGAAGUUGAUGGCCGUGACUAUCAUUUCAUGUCAUCUCGUGAGCAAAUGGAACGAGAUAUCCAAAAUCAUUUAUUUAUUGAGGCAGGUCAAUACAAUGACAAUUUAUACGGCACUUCUGUAGCAAGUGUCCGAGAAGUAGCAGAAAAAGGAAAACAUUGCAUUUUAGAUGUGUCCGGUAAUGCAAUCAAACGUCUUCAAGUAGCUCAAUUAUAUCCAGUUGCAAUAUUUAUUAAACCUAAAUCAGUUGAUUCAGUGAUGGAAAUGAAUCGACGGAUGACUGAGGAACAAGCUAAAAAGACUUAUGAACGUGCAAUCAAAAUGGAACAAGAAUUUGGAGAAUAUUUCACUGGUGUUGUUCAAGGUGACACGAUCGAAGAAAUAUAUAGUAAAGUCAAAUCAAUGAUAUGGUCACAAUCGGGACCAACUAUUUGGGUACCAUCUAAAGAAUCUCUAUGACCAAUAGCUACAACGACAUGGACACUGCCGCCUCGAGUACGUUGUCGACCAGUCUCGAGGUCAACAAUUAAUCCGCAGCAAUCGUAUCAAUCGUUAUCGAAAUAAAAUGCCGCAGCAUUAUCAACUUAUAUAAGAAAUUAAUAAUAAUUUAAU